AUGGGGAAGGAAAAUGUUGUCUCUCGUCCUUUCACUCGUGCCUUUGCGUCUGCUUUGCGUGCUUCAGAAGCGGCUUCUACUACACAGAGAGCAAACACAAAGAGACCAGCCUCGGAGGAUGUGAACGUCUCUGCACCACCUAAUAAGAAGAAGAAGCGAGCUGUUCUUGGGGAUAUCUCAAAUGUUGGCUUCAGUUAUUCAGCUAAACUUGAGGGUAAAGACAUCAAGCUGGUAAAGAAGAGUCAGGAGUUGGCAUCUUGUGUUACUUCAGAAGUCACAGAUCUUCAGUCCGGGACCGAGACAAAAGCUGAAAUUGUAUCAGUGACAGCUGGAGACACAAAUGAGAAUGACACAGUUGAUAAGUGUAUCGAGAAACACAGAUUGCCUCCAAGACCUCCUGGAAGAUCAGGUUCUAUAGUUGAGAAAAGUGCUGUUAUUGUUAGUUCAACUGCAUUGGAUCUCCCAAAAUUCACAGACAUUGAUUCUGAUGACAAGGAUCCUCUACUGUGUUGUCUCUACGCCCCUGAAAUCUACCACAAUUUGCGUGUUUCAGAGCUUAAACGCAGACCGGUUCCUGACUUUAUGGAGAGGAUACAAAAGGACAUCACUCAGUCCAUGCGGGGAAUUCUGGUUGAUUGGCUUGUGGAGGUCUCUGAGGAAUACUCGCUUGUACCUGACACUCUUUACCUCACAGUGUAUCUCAUAGACUGGUUCCUCCAUGGAAACUACUUGGAAAGACCGAAACUUCAACUCCUCGGCAUCACUUGCAUGCUCAUUGCCUCGAAGUAUGAGGAAAUCUCUGCGCCACGCAUUGAAGAGUUCUGCUUCAUCACUGAUAACACCUACACAAAAGAACAGGUCCUGGAAAUGGAGAACCAAGUACUUGCGCAUUUUAGCUUUCAAAUAUACACUCCCACUCCAAAAACGUUCCUAAGGAGAUUCCUCAGAGCAGCGCAAGCCUCUUACCUGUUUAUUCCUUCAGUCAUCGCUGCUUCAGCGGUUUUUCUUGCCAAGUGGACGUUAGACCAAUCAAACCAUCCAUGGAAUCCAACACUUGAGCACUACACAACGUACAAAGCGUCAGAUCUCAAAGCAUCUGUUCAUGCCUUGCAAGAUCUGCAGCUUAACACCAGAGGUUGCCCUUUGAACGCUAUACGCAUGAAGUAUAGGCAAGAGAAGUUCAAAUCUGUGGCGGUUCUCAUGUCUCCAAAACUACUUGACACGCUAUUCUGAAGGGCUAAACCGAACGGUUCAGCUCCUAACCGAUAAUAGAUCCUUGUGACAUUGAUGUGGUCCGGUUCGUCUUCAUUCAUCAGUUACUUAUUUGUUGAUAAAACAGUUCCCACAGUCCUCCACUCGUCUAAUACCUGAUUAGAAUUCGGUUUAGCUUGGUUUAGUUUGAUCUGGAGGUUUGGUUCUUCCAAACACCAGACCUGGUUUAAACUAAUCGGUAACAAGAGUUUAUUUUAGUUGUAUCGAGAAAUGUACAUUUUCUCCCAUCUUGAGGCAAUGUAAACAGUUUCGGGAAUUUCAUACUAUUUAUUUAUUUUCCGAUGAGGUAAUUUAAAUGUUUACAUCAUUUUGUUACUGUUCCAUGCUUUCAUAUCUGUAACUUUUAUUUAUGCCAUAUAGAAC